CGCGUGCGCAAUGGGCUUCAGCGGAGGGAGGCUGCGCGAGAGCGGCGCGCGGCGGCGUUUUGACCGUUAGCGCCAUAACGGCCCGCCCGCCCCUCCCUCUUCUUCUCACAGCCUGCCGCCGUUCCCUCGCCUUGCGGACGCUGCCCGAACGCUUCUCAGUGCCGCGGCCUGUCCCGCCCGCCGCUGGGGCACCGCGCCGUGAGGGAAAUAUAAAGACGAAGCCUUAAAAGACAAGAUUCUGUUCGCUGCUGAAGUAAAAGAUACAAACGAGAGUUUGAGUUCUUGUGUGGUGUCCUCUAGCUUUUUUUUAGGGCAGACUGAAAGCUUCCCUCGUUUUGGAGUUAAAAAGAUCGUUAAAUUUCGGAUGUGGGAAGUUCAAAGCAGGGCAACGAUGUGCUUGCUAUUUGUUUGGGUCUGUUAGUUUAGAAUUAAUGGUGAAGUUCGAUUUUAGUCUUAAAGUCACCUUUGCUAUGCAAAACGAUAUAUUUUUGCAAAUAUUUGGGAUGUAAUUUUUGUCAAGAAAAAUUUUUUUGUCUUGGUUAUCAGAUCAGAACAGGAAUGCCUUAAGACAUCCCUGAAAUAAAAAUUGCUUUCUGGUCUUACUAACAAUUGUAGCCUAUGGUAGCUGUAGUUCAGUUCUGUGGUGUGAUCUGCUACUUUCACUUUCCUGUGCAUACACUUCUGUGUUAGAAUACUGAAUAUUCCCUUAAAAAAGUCCAUGCUAGAAUAAUCCUCUAGAAAUUUUCCACACGUUUGAAUCUUUUCUCCUUUCAAAAAUACUUAAAUCAUGAGCUGUGGGAAGGAAUUUGUGGAAAUUCUUAAGAAAACUGGAUAUCCAAAAGCCAAUGAGCUCAAUGGAGAGGAUUUUGACUGGCUGUUUGAGUCUUCAGAAGACAAAUCAUUUCUGGAGUGGUUUUGUGGAACUGUAAAUGAGCAGCAUGUGUUAUCUGAAAAAGAACUGCAAGAUUUUAAUAGUCUUGAGUCUGGAAAGCCCAUUUUAGAAGGAAAUGCAUUGAAUGAAGUCCUUAAAAGCUGUAAGCCAGCAGAUUCAGGGAACAGCAGCCAAGAGAAGGAGGAGGAACUUAAGAAAUUAGAGGAUGAGUUUCAAACUCUUCAGAAAAUGAAAAAUCUUACAAUCCAUCGGCAUAAUAAGCUUCAGAUGAUGAUUUCUGAAAACAGCAGCAUGUUACAGACACUAAAAAUCAAAGAGGAAGAAACACAGAAAGAUUUGAAAGAAGGUCUAGAACUGUUCACUGCAGCAAAUAAUAAGCUUAAUAACGAACUGCUGUCUCUUGUGGAUAGAGUAAAGAAAUUGGCCUCUUUCUUCACUGCUUCGGCUUCAGAACGAGGAUCAGGUUUGCAUCCAGUGUUUUUUUCCCAGUUUUCCUUGGACAAGUAUUUGUCUCAGGAAGAGCACUGCACUGCAGCACUUACCUCGUGUGCAAAAAAGUUUUUUCAUCAGGGUAUGUCGGAAUUGGCUGAAAAUUUGCACGAAGACAACUUUGAGCUUGCAGAUAUUAGCAAACGUGUCACUUGUGCUGAGACUACUGAAGCUUGUGGAAAGAGUCAGGAGAUUGCCAGCCUCCAGGCAACAUACAUUUGUGCUCAGCGUCAGCUAAUUGUAUUGCAAGCUGAAGAAGAGAGCUUGAAUUCAGCUAUAGAGCGUGCAGAGAGCAUGCUGCGAUCCCCAAAGAGCAAGGGUAUUGGAAAGCAAGAAAACGUCGAAGCCAAAAUAUCUAGUUUAAAUGAUGAAAUCUCUAUGAUUAAGCAACAGAUAGCUGAAAUAAACAACAAAGAUCUGCCUUCCCUUCUGAAAGAGCAUGCACAGCUGUUCAUUACACCCGUGGUAAUGGCAGACCUGGAUCAUGAGAUUGCUCAGCUGGACCAUUUCACUUCUAAACAGGAUGAGAUCUGCAGCCAUCUGAUAAGACAGAAAGUGUCAUUUGAACUUAUUCAGCUAGCCUAUGCCAUAGAAUUGAAGAAACACAAAGACAUCUGCUGUCAACUUGAGAAUCUGAUAGAAUCUCUGAAACAGAGCAGUAAUGAGAUGCAACAGAGACUGGAGGUGUUAUCUAAGCAAACUGAACUUGCAAAGCCAAGGAAUGCUAUUAGUUCCAAGGACAAUUUCUCUUGUAGGCUCUACCAGCUUUUGGAAGGAGAAAACAAAAAACAACUGUUUAAAACAUACAAAAACCUGGAACAGAUGGCUCAGAAAUUAAAUCAGGAUUGUGUAACAGCACAAGAGCAGCUAGCAGUGUCUUCUCAGGAGCAGUCUCUCUUGUUGUCCAAACUAGACAGUGAUGUAAAUGCUCUUCGUGAUGCUCUGUAUUGCGGAGGAAAUGAGAUACUACUCACUAGUCGGGAACUUACUGAACAAUUUCAUCAACUGGAAGGUGAUUUAAAUAAACUAAAUCAACUAAUUAUGGAUCUUACUGCUGAUGUGAAGUCAAAGAGAAACUUCUUAGCAUCCAAUAAGCUGCAUCAGAUGGAAAGAAACUUGUACGUGUAUUUUUACAAAGAUGAGAACCACUUGAAAGAGAUGGUGGAGAAGCUUGAACAGCAGUCAGAGGCUAAAGCCAGUGGUCUGGAAGAUGAGAAUUUCACCACCAGUGAAUUCCGUUUAAUCAUAAAAAUGGAGCAUUACACAUCAUACAUAGGAUGUGGGAUUUCUGAGGUGCCUUUAUCUGAUGCUGCUCAGAGGAUUAUGUCAGCUUUGCAGUCUAUUCCUACAGGAGUACAGACUAGCAGAAAAAAUAAUCAGAGUAAAGAGAAGACAAAGGAAGAUAAACUAGGUGAUAAGGAUACAGGUCUGAAAAAUGAAAAGGCAAGCACACUGUAAGAUAAAAUACCACUAAAAAAAGCCACUGGUUUAUAGAGGACUUGAAGUUGUUAUUGACUAGUUCUUCCCUAACAAACUGUGUUGCAGUACAUUGCAUACAUUUGUGGUUUAGAUAACUUUCCUCUUUAAUCUUAUUUUGCACUUGCUGUCUAUUUGCCUUAGAGAGUCUUGGCCCCACCUUGCACUGCUUAUACAGUCUUUUCUGACAGAUUGACCAGAAAUAAAUUAAGAAUGUUGCCAAAUUCAGGUAGUUAAUAUAGUUUUAAAUUGUUCUCACACCUCUAUGACUGAAGAAACGCUAGCAUCUGAAAAUACCCUGCAAAAUACUGGAAAGAACUUUUUGUAGCAGUAGUGAAGUGUCUUAUGUUUUGUAAAUUAUCCUCUCAUCCAUAACUAGCCCAUGUAAUUCCCAUGUGGGGAACAGAACAGUUCUAGAACAGAACCAUUAGAUAUUAUAUCCUUUCCAUUAGCUGUUCUAAAUUAACGCAUUGUUCUGUCUACUGAAAGUCCUUAGGGCAGCUGUGUGGGUGAAGAUUAAAUUAUUUUACCAUCCAUCUCUGGUGCUUCCAUAGGCUGCUACUAGGUGUUUCACAAUCAAAGUGAGCUGGUUCACAAGAAAAAUACGUGCAAAUUGGGAAGUUUAAUUUUUCUGUUGAAUCAUCUCCCUGAAUUUAUUUAAUGUGCAUGCAGGUACACAUAAGGAAGAAAUCUUUUACAGUGAGGGUGGUGAGACCCUCACACAGGUUGCCAGAGAUGCCCCAUCCCUGGAGGCUUUCAGGGCGAGGCUGGACCAGGCUCUGAGCAACCUGAUGUAGCUGUGGAUGUCCCUGUUCAUUGCAGGGGAGUUGGACUAGAUGGCCUUUAGAAGUCUGUUCCAACUCUGAUUCCAGGUGCUACUCCAAGAAUGGAAAUGGCUAACUGGAACAGUCCCAACUUGGGUUGAGGUUGAGUUCUAUUGAGUUGGUCAAAUGAUUUGCAGGUAUUAAAACUGAAGCCCUAUCCCAGCUGCAAAUCCCAUAGCCUUCCUUACUCCAACUCUGGAGAUUAUUGCUCACUUCUGCAAGUCCAUCUAGGAGGCUUGACAUGGGGUAGCUUACUGCAAAUUUAAUUGGCUCUUAGAUGGGCUUCAUGAGAAUGAUUUAAGCCAUAGAUGGAUGUAAAUAGUAGUGGAAACCCAUCCUGUAAUGUUGAGGAGAUAAAUUUUGACUCACCACAUUUAGCAAGAUUAUUCUACAUAAAUUAUGGAACUACAUCUUCUGACUUUGAAAGCCUGUUAUUUACUUCCAGCUAUGUCAUUAUUUCUAAUAGAUGAUUGGUUCUUCCCCGAGGCGGCUGCUGCUGCUUUGUGUUAAUCAUUGUUCAACUCUAUUAUUCUGACUUGAUAAUUAACAUUGUUUUGUUCCUAUUUUUGAAGUUUUAAAAAGAUAAUUACUUACUGCUGAUUCUAUAAUUACUUUGGUGUCCUAAUUCAAAUUCUACUAUGUGUUAAACAAUAAAAACUGGUUGUAAUUUGA